AUGGGUGCACCGCGACAAAACGAAAGUUUCGGCUCGGUGGGCGAACUCGAUGCUGAAGUGGUAUCGGAGCUGAGGGACAGGCUGACAGAAGUCUCUAUAAAAUGCUCUGAACGUUGUUUGUAUCAAUCGGCAAAAUGGGCGGCGGAGCUUCUCGAUUCUCUCCCUGAAGACGACGACCCCUUUGAUGACUCCCCCAUGCAAGAUACGAACAAUGUCCAGUCUUCGUAUCGAUUGUUCUCAACCAGUUAUGACGAUCCUGAAGAGGCGGCACUGGAGGCUAAAGAGGCACCAAAAUACUUGCUAGCGAAAGCAUUCUUCGACACCAAAGAGUUUGACAGAUGUACAGCGGUAUUCCUACCUCCGGCAAUUCCAGCUGGCGGUCUAGCGAUCUACGACAAGCCGAAGAGGCGAACACCUACAUCCACCCCGUCUCGGACAAAGGGUAAACUGAAAGAGAACGGUACAACUGCUGUCAGUCCGUUCCCGCGACUCAGUCAAAAGUCUCUGUUUCUUGCGCUAUAUGCGCGAUACCUCGCUGGAGAGAAGCGCAAGGACGAAGAAAGUGAGAUGGUUCUCGGUCCAGCCGAUGGUGGACAAACGGUCAAUCGAGAGCUUCCAGCACUGGCGAGAGGAUUGGAAGCAUAUUUCCAAGUGCGAGAUGCCGCAGACCCACAACUGAAACGAUCUCAAGGAUGGCUGGAAUAUCUGUACGGCACCAUCCUUGCCAAAUCGCGACAGGAGCAACUUGCACAGCAAUGGCUUCUUCGUUCUGUGCGACUCAGCCCCUACCACUGGGGUGCGUGGGAGGAAUUGGCAACCUUACUGUCGUCGAUCGACGACCUGAAUUCCCAACUUUCUCCUUCAGUCCUACCGCAAAACCUCAUGAGCAUCAUGUAUCAGGCCUACGCCUCUGUUGACCUGUUCUCGGUCAGCGACCAAUCCACAACCCUGAAUUACCUCCGUAUUCUCCUGAACUACUUUCCAACCUCCACAUUCUUACUCACGCAACUUGCUCUCAGCCACUACCACGCCAAAGAAUACGAGUCCUCUGCAUCCAUAUUUCAAGAGCUGCUUGUAGCCCACCCUCAUCGUCUUGAUGGGCUCGACCACUACUCCAACAUUCUGUAUGUAAUGGGUGACCGACCUAAGCUUGCGUUUCUUGCCCACCUUGCCACCUCCGUCGACAAAUUCCGUCCAGAAACCUGUUGCGUGGUGGGCAAUUAUUACUCUCUUUGCUCCCAGCACGAGAAGGCAGUCAUGUACUUCCGACGCGCCCUUACACUGGACCGAAACUUUCUAUCGGCAUGGACCUUGAUGGGCCACGAGUACGUCGAGUUGAAAAACACACACGCCGCCAUCGAAAGCUAUCGACGUGCCGUCGACCUGAAUCGUAAGGAUUACCGCGCUUGGUAUGGUCUGGGUCAAGCAUAUGAGGUCCUUGACAUGGGCUUUUAUGCUUUGUUUUACUACCAACGAGCCGCAGGACUGAGGCCCUAUGACCCCAAAAUGUGGAAUGCUGUCGGGACUUGUUACACGAAGAUGGGUCGGCUGGAACAAGCGAUCAAGGCUCUCAAGCGCGCUCUCGUUGCAGGAACGUAUUUCGAAGAAUCCACUUCUGCGCAGUCAAGUUUCAAUGCAAACAGCAGUAUGUCAAGCUCAAAACUUGGGAAAUCCACUCCCCAGACAAAAUCAAACCAGCAGAAAGCCACCCGCAAACUUCUCAAUCCGGAAACCCUGUACGAAAUCGCCCUCUUGUACGAACGACGUGGCGGCCCCGAAGGCGAGAAAGAGGCUGUCCAGUACAUGGAACUCUGUAUCGCACAGGAGACUGGCGGAAGUCACACGAGUGUUGUAAAAGCGGAGAAAGCACUUCGCAAGCGUCAGCAAAAAGAAGACCGGAAAACCGCAGCCGCUGAAGAACGACGAGCCAGAAGAGCGCAGAUGCGUGCGGAGGGUGAAGGGGAGAUGGAAGUGGACGCCGCACAAGAGGCAGCCGGCGGCGCCGAUGACGAUACAGAAAUCAUGUCCUCGUACUCGGCAUCCUCUGCUUCGCCAUCAGGAUCAUCACCUUCACCCUCUGACGCCGAAAAUGUCGGCGAAAUAAGUGGUGCGGAUGGUGGAGGUGGAGGUGAUGGCUUUGGCACAGGUACCACCGCCACAACCUCCAAAGCACGCCUGUGGCUUGCCCGUUGGUGCGUGAAAACAGGUGACCUGGAUCGUGCCGAGAGACUGGCCGAGGAAUUAUGCAUGGAUGGAUAUGAGGUUGAAGAAGCCAAGGGCCUGGUUCGAGAAGUCAGAGGGAAAAGAGGGGAUGGGGUGAGCGGAAUCAGCGAGGGAUUGGACCUACUGCAACCGCCGACUACCUGA